AUGAACUUGACUGCCAUGAAGUCUCCAGCAGCAGUCUCCAGGGCUAAGAGCAUGAUUUCACUGAUCCGGUUUCUCACGCUUGUCUCCUUCCUUGGCCCAGGAACCACAGUUACCCAAACCACAGCAACCCCAUUGUUGGUGGUGAAUGGGGUGCUGGGAGAGUCAGUAUCUUUCCACCUGAUGUUUCCUAUAAGAAAGGAGAUCAAUUCCAUCACUUGGCUUCAUGAUAAAACAGUUAUUGUCUUCAUACAUCCAAAGGAAAGACAAAUCCAGGUGAUUGAUCCAACACGGAAAGAUCGGCUGCAUGUUGCCCAGUUCUACUCCUUGCAGAUCAACAACCUGACUAUGGCAGACAGCGGACAUUAUAACGCCCAGAUAAGCACAACAAACUCCAUAGAGUUUUCCAUUUACGAUCUGAAGAUCUUCAGCCGACUGAGGAACUUACAAGUUACUAAUCACACUCAGCUCUCUGAGAAUGGGACCUGUGAGAUCCACCUGAUCUGCUCUGUGGAGAAUCCAAACGACCAUGUCUCAUUCAGGUGGCAAGUCAUGGGAAACACAUCUCUAGAGGAAGCAAACCUCACUAUCUCUUGGAACCCCAAGACUUCCAGUGAACAAACCUACACUUGCAUAGCUACGAAUCCUGUCAGCAACUUAUCCUUUUCUCUCUCUGUCCAGAAUCUCUGCAAAGGUGUUUUUAAGGAGAAAAAUCAACACCCGAAUAUCAUAUGGAUUAUAAUAUUGCUUUCUUUCAUCUGUAUCACUGUGUUAUUAUUUGUUUGGAGGAAAAGAGUAGCAGGUUACUUACGGUUUCCUACUCAUCAAAACCAGAGUCCUGUAGAGACCCUGAGGAACUCAGAGUAUGAUCCAGUCUCUCCAGGGAACACUGUGUAUGUUCAGGUCAUUCAUCCAAACAUGCAACAGAGCCAGAUGGCCUUUGUUAGACAUCAACAAUUCCCUACCACUGGCAAGAAAAAUAUUUCUAAAGAACACUACACAUCUUGA